AGGUUCCGUCAAGGGUGAAAUACAGUGCCACUCUGUCCACGUGAUCGCAGAUUACCUGAACUAUAUUGCUUACACAGCGUCAUUCUGGUGCCGUGCCAGUCUCUGCUGCACCGUAACGGAUGCCACCGUUGCUACAGUCUCUCAUUCCUCAAAAAGAUCUCAAGCCCACAAGUCUCUAAGAUCCCAACACCAACCCCAAGCAUCAUGUCUGCCAUCCCCGCCACCUUCAAGGCCUACGAGUACUCCAAGUUCGGCGACGCGCUGGAGGAGAUCAAAUUCAACGCGAACGCCGUCCAGAAGCCACUGAAGGCCGAUGAGCUGCGUGUCAAGAUCUUCAGCGCCGCCGUGAACCCUGUGGACUACAAGCUAGUCAAGUACGGUCCGCACAUUCUGCCUCACGCCCCCACUGCUGAGAAUCCCUUCGGCGUGGGUUUCGACAUGGCCGGCAAGGUAGUAGAAGUCGGCAGUGACGUCAAGGACUACAAGGUCGGUGACGAGAUCUUCGCCAUGCCCGGCUUCAUGAGCUUCGGCACCUUCGCCGAAUACAUCAACAUUGAGACCAAGUUUGUGGCACCCAAGCCCAGCAACAUGUCGUGGAAUGAGGCAGCAGGUGUGCCUCUUGCUGGCCAGACGAGCUGGCAGGCGCUGGUAAAGUACGGUAAACUACAAAAGGGCCAGCGCGUGCUGAUUCUAGGAGGCAGCAGCGGCACGGGCGUGUUUGCUAUUCAGAUCGCCAAGGCCCUCGGCGCGGAGGUCAUCACGACGUGCAGUGCACGUAACGUGGAGCUCGUCAAGUCGCUGGGUGCUGAUCAGGUUGUGGACUACACCAAGGAGAAGUGGAGUGAGGUGCUGGCCGAGCACUCUAUUGACCUCAUUUACGACUGUGGCAUGGAGCCAGCAUCGUGGAAUGACGCCGCUCAGAAGGUCCUGAAGGAGAAGACCGGUAUCUUCGUGACGAUCCUGACGGUUGACAAGCCCAUUGAGUCACCCAUUGGUGCCACGUUGCACCAGAUAUUCAAUGCGCCGUGCACGGAAUACCUGCUGGAGCUCAAGAAGCUGAUUGAAGCUGGGAAAGUGAAGACGAUCAUUGAUUCGGUGCACCCGCUGGAGAACGUGAUGGAGGCGUUUAAGGUGCAGAUGUCCAGUCGCGCUCGUGGCAAGAUCGUCAUCGAGAUCGCCAAGGAAUAAGUGAUUAGUAGUUAACGAGCUGUAUAAGAAGAAUGGAAUAAACGUGAGCGCUGAAUUGGUAGUGGGGGUUGUUUAUUAUGUA